AUGGCAGAUAACGACUCGGCUGCUGGUGGCGAGUCCUUGCGGUGGCAGUUCAGUGACCGGGUUCUUAUAGUGCAGUUUCUGGUAAUGAUUUUCCUUUGCAUCAACUUCUUGCUCAUUGUGACCAUUUUUUCAAAGGUGUAUUUCUACACAACAAUGCGCUACAUCUUAUUUGCUGUUACACUACUGUCUGAUAGCCUGAUACUACUCAUGUCUGAUAGCCUUCUCAUCUUGAGCUAUUUUGGUUUCACUAUGCAAAUUGGCUUGUGUGUCAUUAUCUAUAUUAUUUUAGUUCUAUUCACUUUUGUAACACCAGUUACUCUGACAGCAAUGACUGUGGAGCGCUAUGUGGCCAUUUGCAUGCCCCUGCGCCAUGGAGAGCUGUGCUCCACACAUAGCACUUUGCACUGUAUCCUCAUCAUUCAUGGCCUCAGCUCUGUACCAAUCAUUGUCAUUCUCUCUGUCUUCUUUGCAUCAGCCCCACAGAGCUUGUUUACCCAAUACAGCAUAUGCUCCAUGGACAAGUUUGUCUUUCUCCGAUGGCAGGAUAAUGUUAAAUUAGGUGUGUAUCAGUGCUACUUCCUAAUCAUGUCUGCCACCAUCAUUUUUGCCUACAUUGAAAUAAUGAAAGUGGCCAAAGAUGCGUCAAGAGAGGAUAAAAAGUCAACAUGGAAAGGGCUCAGAACAGUUCUUCUUCAUGGUUUCCAGUUGCUUCUCUGUCUCAUCCAGCUGUGGUGUCCAUUCAUAGAAACUGCUGUACUUAGGAUUAACUUCAGGUUAUUCAUUGAUGUCAGGUACUUUAAUUACAUAAUGUUUUUUCUUUCUCCAAGAUGUCUGAGUCCUCUCAUAUAUGGGCUCAGAGAUGAAAAGUUUGUUCUUGCAUUGAAACACAAUGUCCCUUUUGGAUUUCACUGCGUAAAAAAUAAUGUGCAGAUUUCUUUUGUUUGA